GUUGAUGGAUCUUAAAUUUAAUGAAAACAUUACAUGGAUGAAAAUCUAGACCUAAAAAUGUACGCUUUAUCAAAAUUGUAGCUGCAGUGACAGAGGGCAGAAAAAUUGGAACUGAGUUAUCAUCUUAAGGCUAGUUUAUACACGGCAGGUAGCGAUUGUCACGUAAUUUUCAUCCUAGGGGUCGGCCUUGGACACGGCAGAGAGGGGUCGCAAACGACGCCGCUCAAUACUCGAAAACUGAAACAUUAUUAUUAUUAUUAUUAUGUUACUGGGAAAAAUCGCGAUUCAGUCAUAUCGCCAAGACGGUCUUCUCCAUUUUCUUCCACGAACUUCCUAUUGUCUGCGCCAACAAUACAUCAGGCCGCGGCACGCCAGUGUUCAACAAAUUUGAACUUCGGGCUCACGUUCACCGAACCAUGAGAUGCGAUGCGCUUGUACUUCUUUUGACGUGGCGGAAAAACGGUCUCAUGCAUGCCAUAGAAAACUAGUUUCUGCGCACAACAGAGCGUUUGUCACGUUCGGUCCCAAAAAUCAUAUUUAUUCCGCGGAGGACAAUUAGCAAUCUAUGGACCACGUUUAGUAGAGCGCAGUGAAUAUUAUAAUACUUAUAGUAAUGAUUAAUAUAUAUAGCUAGAUCUGAAAUUAUUCCGGGGGGGCGGGGUCAGCCUAGAGUUUGCUUCGUUCAAUAGUCGCCACUGAUUCAGCUGUAAAAUUAUUAAUCACCUAGCUAGGUGGUUCAAAUUAGGUUACAAAACUGAUCUAGAUAACUAGUUGUUAAUCGUUAACGUGUAAAUAUGUACAAUAAAUUACACAAAAGUAUCGAAUGAGCAAGAAAAUGUAUGAAGUAACCAUUUCGUGAAGCAUACAAAGGAACAUUUGGCAGCAUUUGUAUACCAUGGCUCGUUGGUCUAGGGGUAUGAUUCUCGCUUCGGGUGCGAGAGGUCCCGGGUUCAAAUCCCGGACGAGCCCACUCUUUUUGACAGAUACUUUUCGGUAUUUUCUAAAACCAAGUAUUUUCAACAGUACGUCCGGUCCAUUAUUUUUUUGAAAAUGUUUUGCAUAUUGCAUAGAUGCAAAAACUUUAUUCACAUUUAAACCCAUAGGUUUCCGUUUCAGGAGCAUUCAUGAAGGGUGGGAAGACGUACCUCAGCCAAUAGUCUUUGGCGCAGUGGUGCAUUGUGGGACGGAAGCGUCUGUCUCUUGCUGAAUCCUCCAGGCCACAGACAGCGGUGUUGCGCGCUUUUCGUUUUAGUUUUCUGCUGUUCAAAUAUUUUUUAAAGAAUACCUUUUAUUUAAAGUUUCAGUUUAACUAGUUUUUCUUUUUGUGGCUCAUUUACUCAGAAGCUCUCCUGAAGAACUUUUUUUUCGCAACAUAAUGCCAAAUUUUUGUGCGGCUCCAAAUUGUACCAGAAAAAGCACCCAAUCGGACCUAGCAUUUUUUAGGUUUCCGAGGGACCCUCAAAGAUGCAAGCUGUGGGUGGAGAACUGCCGGCGAGCAGACCUGGAGGAUAAAACUUCAGAUCAAUUGAACAAGCACUACAGACUGUGCGCCAAACAUUUUGAGCCAUCUAUGAUAUGUAAAACGAGCCCAUAUCGGACAGUACUUAAAGAUACAGCCAUUCCCACCAUUUUUGACCUGACCAGCCAUUUGAACAAUCCACACAGCAGACACCGAAAACGAAUUAAAGAACUAACUGAAGAGGAAAUCAGGAAGAUAAAAGAGAGGCGGUUGGAAGAUGCUGUUGAACAACCACAAAUUAGAAAUGAAAAUGUAACAGGUGAAGAUGAGGAAGAGAUGAGGAAGAACAAUGAGGAUAUCCCUCUGUUAACUGCAGAGGAAAAAGAGCUGAGGGAUUACCUGAAAUCCCUUUUUGAAAUUAUUAUUGUUACUGGAAAGCAGAACAUCCCAUUAAACUUUCAUGUAGAAAACGAAGAGAAGAGUGAAUGUUUCACACCAAGCAAUUUUCAAGCCUUGCUGGAAUAUCGCAUCAAUGCAGGGGAUGAAGUACUGAGGAAAAGAUUUGAAACCACAGCUGUGAAUGCUGAGUACUGCCCCUUCACCCAGCAGGCACAGAUGCUUGAGGUAUGUGAAGGAUGUGUCCGUGAAGAACUGCUCCAUGAGGCCAGAGAUGGGCGAUUCUUCUCAAUAGUCACUGGUGAUUUGGUCCAGUUUCCUGAGGGGCUUUACCUGCCCAUAUUCCUUCGCUUUGUUGACAGUAACAGCUGCCUCCGUGAGGAAUUCAUAGAAUUUCUGCCUUUUGAAGAGGAUGAGGAGGUCCUCACUGGGAAGCUGGUAAACCUAAUCAUUGAGAAGUGGGGUCUAGACAUGGAGUGUUGCCGUGGUCAAGCCCAUGUUGCCUCUGGUGUAUUUGUUAGAAAGAUCAAAAGUAUUGCAGCUAAACUGAUGGAGAAGUAUCCCAUGGCAAUAUAUACUCCCUGUUCUACUUGUGCACUCAAUGUUUAUCUGGCUAACAGUUUGCCCCUGAGUAGAGUGCAAGUUGUUAUGUCAACACUGAAAAAGGUAGACUCAUUUUUCAGCAGAUCACCUUCAUUACAAACUGAGUUAGAGCAUGCCAUUUCCAUAUUCUACCAGGGCAACAAUGAGAAGGCCAAUGAUCUCAAAGAGGCUUGUCGUCUUAAAUGGACAGAGAGACAUGAUAUAUUUGAUUUGGCAGUAGACUUACUAGAAUCCAUUUUGCUGUGCAUGGACAGUAUUCACGACAAUGAGGACUGCAGAUGGAGCGACCAGUUAGCCAACGAUGCGUAUAUAAUUUCUGAAGCUCUGUCAGACUUUGAAUUUGUAGUGACGUUAGUAGUGCUGAAAAAUGCCCUGUCCUUCACAAGAGCAUUUGGAAAGAACCUGCAAGGAAUGACUCUGGAUGUGUACUUUGCUGCCAACAGUUUGACAGCUGUAUUGCAUUCACUGAAUGAAGUUUUGGAUAACAUUGAGGUGUACCAUGAGUUCUGGUUUGAAGAAGCAGUUAACCUAGCUGCUGCCAUGGAGAUUUCAGUGAAGGUUCCCCGACUGUAUUUCCGGAAGCAACGUGCAGAAGUCACAGUAGACAUCCAGCCAGAGGGCUACUUUAAAGAGCACUUGACCAUUCCAGUGGUUGGGCAUGUCAUGCAAGAACUAAAGGAGGUCUUUUCAGAGAAUCACUUAAAGGCUCUCAAGUGCCUUUCCUUAGUUCCUGCAGUCAUGAGGCAGCUGAAGUUCAAUACAUCUGAAGAGAAUAAUGCGGACAUGUACCGGAAUGACCUACCCAACCCAGACACACUCCCUGCAGAGUUACACUGUUGGAGGAUCAAAUGGAAGCACAGAGGUAAGGAGAUAAGCUUGCCUUCCACUAUCCAGGAAACACUCCAGCUGUCAGAGGUGAAGUUCUUCCCUAAUGUCCAUGCCUUUCUUAAAGUCCUGUGCACAUUGCCAGUCCUGCGACUUGAAAGUCCCAAGUGUGAGACAGCCCGUAAGCGAAUGAAUGCCUACCUUGCAGACACACCCAUCAACCAAAGGUCCAAGAGCUUGGCACUGCUUAACAUCAAUUAUGAUAUUAAGUAUGACUUGGACGUAAUGGUCGAUACUUACAACAAACUGUAUCCAGAAAGGGAAACUGAGCUGGAGGUAACAGACAGCUGAACGUGCCUUACACCAGUGUGGAAGACAACAGGUCCCACCUAAUUAUGCUUUAUUUUCUUCAUUGGUGAUUUGGCAAAGCAAGAACCUAAUAGAUCUGCUGAACAGUCUGUUAUAGGAAUGGGUUUUGGAAUCUUAAAGGUUUUGUUUUGCUUUUCACACAGCUCCAGCUUGUGUAUAUCCAAGUAUACGUUCUUUAAAUAUAAAACUUACUUUCUGGUAUUCAGUUUAUAAUGUUUAUGUUGCUUAGUUGUUUUUGACCAUUUGAUCACCGUUUUAUCACAGGAUGUAAACUGUACGUAACAUAUGCAUUUAACUUAUUUCUUAGCUCAAAGAUGUUGAACGCAGCAUGCUUAAGUUUUGAUUGUAGUAAUAAACUACUUUGAGUAUUUUGUCAUAUUGAGAUCCUGAAUUGUAACACGCAUGUAGUUUCAUUUUUUUCCCUUUUAGCUUGUCAUAUCAUUUGACAACUAAAACAGCUUUGGUUUAUAUAUUAAUAGUAUAAUUCCAGGCAGCUGUGCAGAAUGACGGAACAAAUGUGAAGUUUAUAUCCUUUAUAUUUAAUUGUUUUAAUAUCAAGUCAGUUAGCUAAUGAAUGUACUACCAUUUUCUGUCCAGAUAAUGGAAUGAAAUUGUAGGCAGUAUCCUGUUUAGGAAACUACUGAAUAUUUGCUGCCAUUACUUAAAAAUAACCUGUUGAGAAAAACUGCAUCCAGUAACUAACCACAUGUGGGUAUCAUUAGUAUUUAAAAUAUGAAAGAUGUAUGGAAAAACCUUUGACUGUACCAAUAAAAAUGUUUGUUGCAUGGGUUGUGGAGAAUGUUGAAAAUGAUUGUUUUGCAGAAGUCAGAGAAAUCUUUAUUAUUUUGCAUAUUAGGUACAUAUUUUAUGGCCGUUAGUACAGUUUUCUGAAGAAGAUGAAGUGACAUGCUCUAGUAAAGCUGGCAAAAUUUGAAGGGAACAUCUUUUCUGUAUUUUAAAAAUGAAACAGUACUAUAAACACAUUUUGAAUCAAUUCAAUAUUAGGUGGUAUUUUAUGUUUGUUAAAAAUGGACUGAAGCAGUCUAUUUUAAAGUUUAUUUAAAAUGUAAAAUAAUUAUUUUCAUACUUAAUAUUGACAGCAAAUAAGUGAAACCAUAUGUUUUUUUUUACCCUUGUUUAUUUUUGUGAUGAAGCAUAAAACUUUGUUUUGUAUAAAGGAAACCCAUUUGAUAUUGUCUUUAAAUAAAAGAAAAAACAAAUAAAAUAGGUGUAACUAUU